CUCGGUGCUCGCGUGCAUUUCAUUCCUGGUGUCAUUCCGCGCAUUCCGAGCAUCGCAUUCCCGGCUGGCCCUCAAACACGAGAAUAACUUUACACAGUUCUCAAAAACUACACCAACCCAACUUAGGGAUACACAAGGGAACGAUACAUAACACAUAGAAAUCACGGACGUGUUUGAGUUGGCACGGCCGGGAGUUGCAGAUUUGAGGGGUACAUUUGCGGAGCUGAGAGAAAAUAUAGGGCAGGGAGACUUGUUGCUCGAACAUAUUUGUUCUUAUUUUCCCAUCCUCCUCAUUUGAAAUCUUCACCUGUGGUCCAGGCCGGGGCUGGUGUUGCGUAGCGGUGCGGUGCGGUGCGGUGAGCGGAGCGUUGCCAUGGAGCCCAGCAGCUGGAGCGGGAGCGAGGGCGCGGAGGAGGACGUGGAGCGGCUGAGCGACGCGGGCGACAAGCCCACGGACGGCGACGCAGAGGGGGUGUGGUCCCCCGACAUCGAGCAGAGCUUCCAGGAGGCGCUCGCCAUCUACCCGCCCUGCGGCCGCCGCAAGAUCAUCCUCUCCGACGAGGGCAAGAUGUACGGGCGAAAUGAGCUGAUAGCCAGAUACAUUAAACUGAGGACCGGCAAGACGAGGACGAGGAAACAGGUGUCUAGUCAUAUCCAGGUGUUAGCCAGAAAGAAAGUGCGGGAGAUCCAGACGGCCAUCAAGGUCUCUAGUCACAUUCAGGUGCUUGCCCGGCGGAAAUCCCGCGAGUUUCACACCAAGCUCAAGGUGACCAGUAUGGACCAGGCGGUGAAGGACAAGGCACUGCAGAGUAUGGCCUCCAUGUCCUCUGCUCAGAUCGUCUCGGCAACCGCCAUCCACAACAAACUGGGCCUGCCAGGAAUCCCACGACCCGCAUUCCCCGCCGCCGCUGGGGGCAUGAUCUCCGCUGGGCAAGCAGGAUCAUCACAAGAUAUUAAGCCAUUUGCUCAGCAGGCGUACCCUAUCCAACCUGCGGUAACCACGGCAAUCUCCAGUUAUGAGCCCACCACAGCGCCCCCUAGUGCCCCAGCCUGGCAGGGCCGCUCCAUCGGCACCUCAAAGCUCCGGCUCAUCGAGUUCUCCGCCUUCCUGGAACACCAGAGAGACCCCGACGCUUACAACAAGCACUUGUUUGUGCACAUCAGUCAGACGAACCACUCGCACAGCGACGGGCUGAUGGAGGCGGUGGACAUCCGCCAGAUCUACGACAAGUUCCCCGAGAAGAAGGGCGGCCUCAAGGAGCUGUUCAGCAGGGGACCCCACAACGCCUUCUUCCUCAUCAAGUUCUGGGCGGACCUGAACUGUAAUAUCCAGGAUGAGAGCGGCGCGUUCUACGGCGUGACCAGUCAGUACGAGAGCCCAGAGAACAUGACCAUCACCUGCUCCACUAAGGUCUGCUCCUUCGGCAAGCAGGUGGUGGAGAAAGUGGAGACGGAGUAUGCGCGCUUUGAGAACGGGCGUUUCCUGUACCGCAUCAGCCGCUCCCCCAUGUGUGAGUACAUGAUCAACUUCAUCCACAAGCUCAAGCACCUGCCCGAGAGAUACAUGAUGAACAGCGUGCUCGAGAACUUCACCAUCCUGCUGGUGGUGACUAACAGGGAGACCCAGGAGACCCUGCUGUGUAUGGCGUGUGUGUUUGAGGUGUCCAACAGCGAGCACGGAGCCCAACACACCAUCUACCGCCUCGUCAAAGAGUGACACACACACACACACACACACACACACACACACACACACACACACACACACACACACUCCCUCCCCCCACUCUCAGCUGCAUCCCUAUUGGCUGAGAGCUUUGAUUGACAGAAGUGGCAGUGCCUCUAUCUCCUCCCCCCUGCGCUUGUCGUGGUGAUGGGGAGGAAUCGUGUCUUAUUCUUCUGCUUUUGUUUGUUUGUUUUGUUUUGUUUUGUUUUGUUGGUGUAAAUAGUGUGUUGUUGUUGACUGCAGCUAUGAUGCGGUACUCUUGUCUGAUGUUGUCAUGAUGUGGCCGUGGUCUCUGAAUUAUGUACAUAUUAUGACAUCAGAUGGAGGAGGGGCUCAGCGUGGUCACAUGACCCAGUUCCCGCCAAAAUCACACACACACACACACACUGCCGUACCACACAGGUCAAACACACGCUUGUGCUGACCUCCCCAGAAUGUUAAAGUGUGUGUGUGGUGUGCAUGUGUGUAACUCUGCAUACGAUAACACACACACACACACACACGCACACACACACUGCCGUACACACACAGGUCAAACACACGCUUGUGCUGACCUCCCCAGAAUGUUAAAGUGUGUGUGUGGUGUGCAUGGGUGUAACUCUGCAUACGGCUUUGACCUGACUGGCCCAAACCUGCUGAGCCCCUCUUCUGAUUGGUCUGUGCCUUUAGGAGGCCGGGACCAGGCAUGUUUUUGACCAAUAGGAAGCGAGUGUGCCGUCCGGCCUUAAAGAUAGUUGCUACCUUAUCAGACUAUACCUGACACACACCACUCCU